AUGUUGGCUUCUUUCUUGCAGAAGGAGGUGUGCCGUGUGCGAGUUCAAUCAUGGCUCAACAUGCUUGCGUACCUGGUGAAUCUUGGUAUCACCUACGGCUCCUUGACUGGGGCCUUUGGCGCCACCAACGAAGAGUUGAGCGAGAAGUAUCAGAUCCUGGUCACACCAGCUGGAUAUGCCUUUGCCAUUUGGGGAGCCAUCUUCACUUGGGAAGGCAUCUUUGCUGUGGCACAGAUGUUUCCCUCUCUCAGCACCAGCCCAGUGGUUGACACCGUCACACCUUGGUGGAUAUAUGCCUGCUGCUGCCAGGUGGCAUGGACGCUUUUCUUUGCUCAGGACCUGAUUCCCGGAUCCCUGGUGUGCAUGUUGGGAAUCCUUCUCGGUUUGGUCAUGGCCAUUCUGCGCACAGACUUCCUACCCGAGAUCUCCCUGAAGGAGUACUUCUUGCUGAGGGCACCUUUUUCAUUGCACUGUGGAUGGAUCAUCGCCGCGAGUGUCUUGAAUAUCAACGUCCUUGCAGACUACUACAUGUCAUCGCAAGAGACAAUGCUGAUGUUAGCCAUGGUUUGUCUCGCCGGCAUCGCCGUGAUCGUGGCCUUGUUCACAUUUGCAGCUCCCAGGGCCGACCCUUUGAUUGGUUUAGUGGCCGCUUGGGCCCUACUUGGCAUCUAUGUGGAACUGGAGAACCCUGAGAACUUGCUGAACAUGAACAAGUUCAAUUACAUUGCUUGGCCUCAGCUUGUGAUCGAAUCAGUUCGACGAACCGCCUUGGUGCUGAGUAUUGCUAGUGCAUGUGCUGCUUCGAUUGCUAUUUUUCGCAGUGGAUGGCAAAGGAUGCGUGCGUCUGACAAGUCUUUGACCAGUGACGAUGCCACCGCUGUGAUUUGACCCGCAUCGCAGGUGCAAAGUAAGUCAUCCGCAGCCCAAUUCAUUGUACAGUGCAAACGCCUAAAGCUGAGCUGCUUCAAAUCAGAUGCGCCGGCUAGUACUGCAACUACUUCUGCUACCACUUGAUGGAAACAAGAUUCCAUUGAUGAGUGGUGCUUUUGCCAAGGGGAGCCAGGGGAAAACCUGUCAGCUGCCCUAGAUUUUCUGCUUUUGCCGCUGUUACAGAGGGGAGGUGGAUGAUGGAUGAAGCAAAAAGAGGCUGG